CAUGUAUGUAUGUAUGUAUGCAUGUAUGUAUCAGUAUAAAGAGUCUGUCUUCUCGACACCUAAGGUCUUCUGAAAUUAUCCAACACUUGUGUCAGCACCUAGGGUUGAAGAUGCCUACCUGGUACUUGGUGACGUUGGGUAACCAACCCAUUUUUUACCAGAUUUGGGUAAUGGAAAUAGGUGAAGGGCUGUUUAAUUGGACCCAUAUUGAGAUUGGAUAAAACUUAUUAGGAGGCUGAUUUGGGACUAAUAGUUAGUUUUUAUAUCUUAAAUUCUAAAAUGUAUAAGUGGCCUUUACAUUUUUAUUAUGAUUUGCUACCUUUAUAGAAACAUUUACAAUUGACAACUGAUGGUGCUUACAUUUUUUGAAGAAGAGAACUGAUCAAAGUCAAUCCAUGAAUAUGGAGCAUGAGCUAUGAACUUUGAAAGGUUAUUAGGGGGAUGAUUUUAGGGCCCCAUGAUUUGUUCUUAACAUUGAUAUAUAACCUUACUCAGCUUCUCACACCUUGGUACUACAAAGGCUAUGCUGGUCUUACAAAACUUCAACGUGUUGAAUGGGGCAACAGGGGGACUUCAACUGCGCAUGCUAUUUUCAUCUCAAUUAUGGCAUUGUACCUCAUCUACUUCUCAGAUCUAUUCUCUGACAGUGAAAUUGAUGGACGAAUCAUGUUGAGGAGCUCAUCUCUUUCAGUUUCCGCUUUGGGAGUAUCAGUUGGCUACUUCAUAUCUGACCUAGGAAUGAUAAUUUGGUCAUAUCCUUCUCUUGGUGGAAUGGAGUAUGUUGUGCAUCAUUUGCUCUCUGUGGUUUCAGUAGCUUACUCUAUGUCUUCAGGGGAAGGCCAGAUAUAUACAUUGAUGGUUCUUAUCUCUGAAAUGACAACUCCUUGUGUCAACCUGAGAUGGUAUCUUGACACAGCAGGUAUGAAGAAGUCCAGGCUAUACCUUCUAAAUGGAAUCAUGAUGUUCUUCACAUGGAUGGUAGCUCGAAUCCUUUUAUUUGUCUAUAUGUACCACCACAUGUAUCUACACUAUGAUCAGGCGGAAGGUAUCUCUUCAUUUGGUUUCUUUCUGGUGCUUGUUGUCCCUUUCGUCCUUGCCAUCAUGAAUCUCAUGUGGUUUAGAAAGAUAAUUAAAGGACUGAAGAGGACACUAGCAAAAAGGCAGUAAAUUAUCAAGCGGUCCUUUCUUCUUCCUUAAUGAUCUUUUCCUUUCUUGCCCCCUCUCUCUCUCUCUCUCUCUCUCUCUCUCUCUCUCUCUAAAGGUGUAUAUGUCAGCAAUGUAAGUAUAUAUAUGUAUAGACAAUGCUUGUACUUUCCCUUGAUGUAAAAAGUACCUGGUUAGACUAUAAGCAUUCUGCC